AUCACCCCGGCCUCCAUCUUGGGAUGCAUUUACUCAAGUAUGCUUUAUGUUGCAGGCAGGGUCUUGUUCUCCGAUAUGCCCAUGGCGUUUUUAGUCCUGGCAUGACAUCUGCUUAACAUGUAGGGCAUCAUCUGCAAAGUCAAGCCCAUACGCCAUUGCCUGCUACUACGCAGGGAAGCUAUUCUCAUGUCAUGCAAGUGAUGAUCAUCAUGAAGGAACGAGAUUCUGUGGCGCAUCAAGUAAUUCAGAUGGACCUCCGGUAUACCAAACGCUUGCCGACAGAGCGUAGUUCACGAGACCACACACACAAAUAUAUAUAUACCGUUGGUCUGUCUUUGAUAUCAGCAAAGUAGGGCUGCAAUGGCUAGUCCAAGCCCCAUAGGCUGCGACUCUUUGCCGAACCCCCUCGCCCCUGCUGCCUGGUUGCCUCCUGAUUUCGCUCCAUGGUAUGCUGCUGCACAAUACGUGUUCUCUGCUGUGUUUGGUGCUUGGCUUUGGGAUGUUGUCAUGGCUCUAGGUGACGAGAUCCGGAUGUUCAGGAAGAAGCCGUUAGCGAUAUCCAACAUCAUAUACGUCUUGGCUCGGCUCCUGAGCGGCGGUUGCAUUUUGGGAUCUCUCUUGUUUGAAGUCGCUCCACAAAAGCAUUGCGGUCGGGCCCUGCAGGUCUUAUCUUGGUUCGGAGCAUUUGCAGUUCCCUGCAACGGCCUACUGUUCUUCCUCCGAGUCAGAGGUGUCUUUCAUCAUUCCCGUCUCACCGUCGCUGGUUUUGCCAUACUUUGGCUUUCAACCCUCUCCGCAUUGUCCGCGCCUUUUGGGUUCCAACCCGUUAAUAUAGGCCCGACGGCCUUCUGCCUCAUCGGCGGCGCGGCGAAAUACAGUGCGGCUGGCUUCGUCACUAUCGCCAUCUUUGAUACCAUCGUGUUCAGCGCUAUAACCUUCCGCGUUCUAUCUUUUGCUGUAGAAGAUACUUGGCGGGGUCGUAUCAGAGCGUUCAUGAAGGGUCAAGGCGUGGGACACGUCUCUAAAGCACUUCUGCAAACUGGGCAGUUAUAUUACCUGGCAACCACUGGAGUCAAUGUGGCAGUCAUGGUGAUCCUUCUUAGCGGCGCUGGUGCGGCACAGUUCCAGGCGAUGGUCCCGGUACCUAACGUCGCAUUGCAAAAUGUCAUGGCGUGUAAAGUAUUCCGACUUCUAAAGCUCGGACUGAUCCAGGACAAUCCGACGACUUGGUCAACUUUCAGAGGCACAGCUAGUAGGAACACAGGAACAACACAGACUGGUAAUACACGAAGGGACAUUAUUCGACGAGAAGGAGAUGAGGAAUUUGGUUCACGCCCACCUCUUGAAUUUGUAGUCAAUCCCUCACACGCUCAGGUCACCGUUAGUCAACAUUCGGAGACGACAACUGACAACCUGGAGAUGAAAGACUGGAAGGCGGGUGCCAUUGUGUAGAUGAUCAUCAAGAUGGUCGUAGGACACAAUUCGCAACGGUGUAGAAUUAGUUAAUCGAUAUAUCUUCCGUCUGGUUUAAAACUAUCAUAAAAAAUUGCAGCAUGAAUAUAUCCUUAGCUGGAGGGCAGCAUCCUUGAUCGUCGUGGCUUUGCAGUGUUCUACAGUGUUUUUGAUCAACUUCUGGCUAAUAAUACAGUUCUGUAUUGAGCCGAGUACAGACGUCGUAUUGUUUAAUUGUUGAAUGUCCUUCAUGCUGCCAAUGUGAAAUUCUAUGACAUGUGGCUUAACUGCGACGUACAAAUGCUAGAUUAUUCUCCUGAG